AUGUUGGACGACGACCCCCCGCCGCCCACCCUCGGCGCUUACACGCAGCCUGUUUCGACCACUGUCCGAGAAUGCCAGCUCUUGUUCGACCGGGGCUGCGUGUGGGCCUUCAGCCUGCACCGCGAGGAGGCGGUCGCCUGCUUCCAACGUGCAGCUGAGGCGGACUCGGCGUGUGCAAUGGCGCACUGGGGCGUCGCCUUCGCGAAUGGGCCCGAUUACAACUGGAACGAGAGCGCCGGCUUCUUCGCGGCGGCCGCGCAGCACGCGGGCUAUCCCAGCUUCAAGGUUGCCGCCGAUGCUCUCGAGCGGGCGGCGGCGGCGCUGACCGACGAGAGCCCUCAGCGCGAGCGAGAUCUGGUCGGCGCGUUGGCCCUGCUGUUCGAGUGGCCAGUGACGCCGACCGCGGCGCAGCGCAAGGUCGCCUAUGCCGACGCGAUGCAGGCUCUCGCCGAGAGGCCGAACUAUGCGGCAGACGCAGACGCGCUCGCCGCCGACGCCGUGAUGUCCCUCGCCCCAUGGGCGCUGUACGGGGCGGACCAGGCGCCGACCCCGGUGGCCGUCCGUGCCAAGGCGCCGCUCGAGCGCGGGCUGGCGGCAGAUCCGGCGCACCCGUACCUCUGCCACCUUCGCGUACACCUCGACGAGAUGGGGCCCAGGGCGCGGUUCCACUGGCCCUCCGCUGAGGCGCUGCGCCGAACCGACGCCACCGACGCGGGCCACCUGCUGCACAUGCCCUCGCACCUCGACAUCCAGGCGACGCACUCGCUCGUCAGCAACCAGUGGUCAGUCGGCGACUACUCUGCAGCGAUGCAGGCGAACAGGGAGGCCAUCUCUGCCGACUUGCGGCAGCUCGCACGCGCGCCGCAGCGCUUCUCGAUCUACUCCGGCUACGUGGCGCGCCUCGCCUCGAACCCGAUGCUGCCGGCCUUCUUCGAGUCGUACUUGGCCACACGGCCGAUGGUGCUCGUGCGGUUUGGGCUCUGGGAGGAGCUCCUCUCGCUGCCCCUGCCCGAGGACGCGCAGCUCUACCUCUCGCGCACCCUCUUCCUUCGUUUCGGCCGCGCCCUGGCCUUCGGCGCGAAGGGAGACGUAGCGGCGGGCCGGGCGGAGCAGGCGGCGUUCGCGGCUCUGCUCACGCCGAUGGAGCCGGAGACACGCGCCUCGGCCGGUCGGCGGGGUCGCAUUGGGCGCUCUCCGGACCCUUCUCGGACUUGCCCCCCACAGGACACGCGGCGGAAGCACAACACGACGGUCGCGGAGCACUCCGGCCCGAUCGCAGCUGCGGCGGAGCUCUCCUACCGCGAGGGCCGCCUCGAGGCGAGCUGGGCCGCGCUCGCAGACGCCGUCGCAAGGUACGACGCGAUGCCGUACGACGAGCCCGCCGGCUACCUGAUGCCUCCGCGCCAGACGUACGCCGCGCUGCUCGCCGAGCAGGGCCGCCUCGAGCGCGCCGCGCGGCUGUACGAGGAGGACCUCGGCACCUUCCCCAAGAACGUCUGGUCGCUCGCCGGGCUGCGGCUCUGCCUCGCCGGGGAGGCGCACGCGCCGCGGCUGAGGGAGGUCGAGGCGGCGCUGGCCGCGGCGGAGGCGGCGGCAGACGUCGAGGUGCGCGCGAGCUGCGCGUGCGCGCUGGAGAGCUGGGGCUCGGGGAGGCGACCGGCGCCUGAAUGAUAUUGUUGAUGUGCUACGCCGCGUUAGCAAAGAGACGCACUUGCCCCGCCAGCACCGUGCCAGCAGCGAGAAGAAGGGCGCGCGCGCGCGGGAACACAUGCACCGCGGAAGAAAAAACGACACGGCAGAGAACUGAGAGAAGAGCCGUGUGUGGGAGAACGACCGGUCCGACACACCUCCCCGACAAAUACAGUAGAGCGGAUCGGUGCAAACAGCACCCUAGAGAUACUGGCUAGAUAAA